CCCAGCCGAGGGACACCCUCGGUGCCCGGCUGGGAGGACGGGGCGUGCUGGCCGCUCCUCUCCAGGAAAAGGCAGUCACAGCCUGUAUCUGAGCCCAUCCCUCGGCUCGUCACCGCCGCAGGAGGUGAAGCCCGGCAGGGCUGACAAUGGGAAGGGGAGGGCGGGCUGGGACAAGGACACGCAGCUCGGGGUGCCCAGCCCUCCGCACCGGCUGGCACGAGCAAGUGCCCGAGCAGGGCCCGGACAGGUUCAGCUACGACUAUGACACCAUCCGCAACGGGGGGCUGAUCUUCGCCGUCGUGGCUUUUGUGAUCGGGCUCCUCAUUAUCCUCAGCCAGCGGUUCCACUGCGGAGGGAGGAAGAAGAGGAGACAAGGGAACGAGGAAGAGCUGUAGGUGCAGAGCUGCAGUGCCGCCAUGGAAGCAGAGCUCCAGCCGAAGUCCAGGAGACCUGGCCAGUGGCCACCCCUCACCCCGCUCCAGUGGAUCCAUUACCCCGCAAGGCCAGACCGCAAAUUACCCUCGUGCUUCCCCCUCUCUUAGACCCAGCAAGAGUUUCUUGGCUAAUAAAGUUCAAGCUCUGAGAGGUUAA